UAUCAUUAAUACGGAUAGAAGGAGAAGGAGGAUAAGAGAUCAUAUAUACAAUAGCAAAAUAUAGCCAAAAGUGCUUACAUCAUCAUUAUAGUUGUAUAACUUUUUUCUCAUUUGAGGACUAUACUUUUACAGGCACGAUCUAAACUUCGGCAUCAUAGUGCUGCAAUGCAAGUUCCGAUAGGCUUGGAGGAUGAUUUUGAGGGACUUGUUGAUCUUGUGCAGUUAAAAGCAUACUAUUUUCGGGGUUCUAAUGGUGAAAAAGUUGUCACUGAAGAGGUGCCUGCAGAUAUGGAAGCCUUGGAAGUAGAAAAAAGGCGUGAGCUCUUAGAAGCUGUGUCAGAAGUUGAUGAUCAACUUGCUGAUGCUUUUCUUGGUGAUGAGCCCAUAUCACCUGCUGACCUUCAGGGAGUACAGCCACUUCUGGAUGGUGUACUUAAUUAUUUGCCAUGUCCAAUUGAAGUUAGUAGUUAUGCCCUUGACCAAACAAAGAAUGAGGAAAAGGUACCUGAUUUGUAAGAUGUUUAUCUUUGUUUUGCUUUGAUAUUAUGAUCUAUUUGUCAUAAAUUGUCAAUUGGCCUCUGAAUUUGCAGGCUAUUUUUUAAUGAUGAUUUAUAAGUUUCUUUAUAUUUAUAGAUUAGAUAUAUAUUUGAGUGGGAGUGAAAGAAGAAUAUUUGGUUUGAAGAAUCAUACAAGAAAAUAUAUGGAAAAUAGAGUAAAACCUAGAAAAAGGGGAAAAACAUCAAUUAAGAACUUGGUUAAUUAUUCGAAUAAUUAAAUUUUCAUGGAUUUUUUAAAAUGUAAUUACUAGUUAAACAUAAUCUUUAAAAAAGUUAAAAAUUCUCAUGUGGACAUUUUCUUGCAUCUAUAGUAGCAUUUGUAAGACUCCAAGCAGAAAAAGUAAAUACAAAAUGAAAAAUAACAUAACUUAGAUAAGUUUUCAAAAUAUAAAUCACAACUUAGUCAAGGGAAGGAUAAAUUAUUUUGAUAGAAAAAGAAAUUUUAUUAGGAGAGAGAAGAAUGUACACAAGAGGAUGGAAUAUCCUCACAUGGAUACAAAAUGCUAUCACCCAACAAACAGGACCAUGUACUAAAGCAUGCCAAUCCCUUUGAAUGUUAGCUAGAGGAAGUGAGGAACACCCUUAGACAGACCAUGUACUAAGCACCAAAGCGAGGC